AAAAUAUUUCUGCGUGUUUUCAAAAUAUUGUUUUAAUUUCAUAAAGUGUUCAUAAAUGAAUUCAUUUAUGCUUCUCUUAAGAGAAGCCUGAGGCAAUUCACGUAGUGAUUGGUAACUCUGUAAAAUCUCUGCAAUUUGUCAACUUCUCCGUUGGGAUCAACACUUGACCUGACGUGACCUCACUUGACCUCACUAAUCAUGGAAACGUGCACAUUUUGCGGAGGUCAUGAACCCUGCGUCGUCCCUUCCCCGAAAAGCGGGGCCCUUUCGUCCUACUCGUCCUCCUGCGUGACCUCUCUGCUCACCGUGUUCCACAUCGACGGCGCGGACCCCGUCGCCGCGCACCUCGCCACGGCCGCCCUCACCUGCGCGGACUGCCUUCAACUCACGCGCGACAUCGACUUGGAGUUACGAUCGCUGCUCAAAUUCCUCAAAAAUUUGGACCUUCUGCGAUCCCGGUUGGCCAGGAGGGUCAAACGCGCGGCCGCCGCGACGACAAGUUCUAAAUUUUCCGCGACCCGUGACCUCAAUGAAAAAAUUCAACAAGAAAUUCCCCUUGUUAACAAAGCGUUUGAAGCGUUCAAUUUUCUGCGGAUUCAAAAAGGAGGAAAUAAUAACGAGCUUAACGACACGAUCAAAAACCCGGGGGACAUUUGUAAGCAAGAAAUUCGUGUAUUUCACGAGAUUAAGGACGAACCUGUAUCCGACCAUGAAGCUGAGGCGAAUGUUGAAAAUAAUAUAAUUUUAGAAGUCGACGAUGGGGACGACGACAUGGACCAAUUCGCCAUCGAUCCUGUCGAUGACCAUUCUGACGCAAAUUCUUCCGAUUAUUCGCCAUCCUCUCCAGACUCGGAAGAUUCCUCCCAAGAUUAUCUGCCUAAUCCGCGCCAUUCCGUCGAAAAGUUCGACAACGACGUCGACAUGGGCGACUCCACAUCAUCUACAUCAAAUCCUCUACAGUGUCCCGUCUGUUUCAAAACGUUCGGCGCCGUUUCGGCAAAACGUCGCCAUAUUCGACAACAUCACGACUCUACUUUUACCCCUUUCGAAUGUCCGGUCGACAAUUGUGACCGGGUUUUUCGACAAGCCUGGCAUUUCAGGGAUCACAUCUUAAAAUAUCAUCCGGGCGUCGACGUUCCGCAGUUCAAACGUCGAUGGACACCAAAAACCGAGAAUGGUGAAGAGUCGGGAAUUGUCCCGAAAAAAGAACGGAUCUCUUGUCCGGUGGAAGAUUGCGAAAAAUCGUACACUCGAAACCAACGAGUCAUCGAACACCUAAAAAUUGCACAUCCCGACUUCCCCUUGCAGAAUUACAAACCAAGCAAGAAGCGAAAUAGCGGAAAUGCCCGGCAAAAAAGUUCGGAUGGCGAAUCCCUCCCCGAUUAUUCGCCCUCCUCUCCAAACUCUGACGAUUCCUCUGAAGACGAUUCUCCGCCUAAUCCCACAAAAUUCGACAACGACGACGACAUUGGCAACGCCACCUCAUCAUCUUCAAAUCCUUUACAAUGUCCCGUCUGUUCCAAAACGUUCGGCGCCCUUUCGGCAAAACGUCGCCACAUUCGACAACAUCACGACUCCACUUUUACCCCUUUCGAAUGUCCGGUCGACAAUUGUGACCGGGUUUUUCGACAAUUUUGGCAUUUCAGAGAUCACAUCGUAAACUUUCAUCCGGGCGUCGACGUUCCGCAGGUCGAACAUCGACGGACACGAAAAACCGAGGAAAUUCGGGCAGAUGGUGAAGAUCGGAUCCCUUGUCCGGUGGAAGAUUGCGAAAAAUCGUAUUCGCGAAAUCAACGGGUCGUCGAACACUUAAAAAUUCUACAUCCCGACUUCCCCUUGCAAAAUUACAAACCAAGGAAGAAGCGAAAUAUCGAAAAUGCCCGGCAAAAAAAUUCGGAUGGACAAAAAGAAGAGAUCCUUUGUCCCGUAGAAGAUUGCGAAAAAUCGUACUCGCGAAAUCAACGGGUCGUAGAACACAUGAAAACUGCACAUCCCGAUGUCCCCAUCCCAGAAACGUUUGGACGACGAGUAAAAACUGAGGGGGAUGAAGACCCCCCGAAAAAUUUGGAAGGGGAUCUUGUCCCGCAAGAACGGAUCCCUUGUCCAGUGGAAACUUGUGAUAAAUCGUAUUCGCGAAAUCAGAGGGUCGUCGAGCACGUGAGAAUUGCACAUCCCGACGUCCCCUUGCCAACAAAGAGGCGACGACGAUUAAAGCUGGAGGGGGAAAAGGUUAAAGAAAAACGGAUCCGAGUUCGGACCAUGAAGAGGAAACCGUGUCCCGUGUGUGGGAAGGAGUACAGAUCGAGUGGUUUGAGCGAGCAUUUGAAAACGCACACGGCUGAGAGAAACCACCUCUGCACGAAAUGCGGAAAACUGUUCCGAACCGCACGAAACCUGCGCCUGCACGAUGCCGAUGUCCACAUCAAGGAACGAAACUUCAUCUGCGCCCUUUGUGGAGCGUCCUUCGUCCGGAAGUCAGUGCUCGAUAAUCACGUCGCGACCAUUCACGACCAGCCGGAGGACCUCCGAUUUUCCUGUGACACGUGCGGAAAGGCUUAUCGACAAGAGAGAAAUUUAAGAGAGCAUAUGCAAAUGCACACCAGUCAAAGUUGGCGGUGUCCAAUUUGUGAUAAGGCGUUCAACCGGAGGGUCAAUGUCCGCCUCCACGUGCGCGCGGUGCACGAGGGGGUCAAGAAUAUCGGAAAAACGGGGGGACGAAAGAAAGAUAAAGAGGAAGAAGAUAUGGAGGAGGAGGAAGAGGAGGAGGAAAGUGCUUAUCAUCAAGGUGAAGCUUAUCAAAGUGUUAGGCAGGAUUACAAACUGUUUUAUACUUGAAGGUUGUAAUGAUUAGUUAAUCACGUAAUAUAUUUGAAUCAUUAGUUGUGUAAUUUAUGUAUGAUUCUGUUUUUGGUACAUAAAGCUUGUAAUUUAAUUGAGUAAUUAAUUUAGUUGUUUGUAUAAUUGCGUAAUUUAUUUAUUUAAUUAAUUAUUGUUUCAUUUUUGGUCUACCUGGAUAUCAAAUUAGGGUUUUUACAUAUUGUUGAGCAGUUUAAUAUUUAGAUUAAAUUAGCAAGUGUAAUUUAUAUAAGUACAUAUUUUGUUUUUGUAUUUUUUAAGUCAGAAAUUAUAGAAAAUAAGACGUAGCAUAAGUAAAUACGUACAAAUUUUUUAAAAUAAAGGGAAAAAUAUUUGAUAACAUGC